AUGCGAUCUCCAAAUUUAUUCAGAUGGCCAACGGCUGAGGAAGUAAGAGCAGCGCAGCAGGACUUUUACGCGUUGGCUGGAUUUCCUGGGGUCGUGGGAGCUGUAGACGGCACACACAUCCGCAUCCAGGCACCGUCGGAACACGAGGAAUCCUACGUCAACCGCAGGAACUACCAUUCGAUCAAUGUUCAACUGCUCGUAGCGGCUGACUGUAGGAUCUUGGAUGUGGUCGCCAACUGGCAUGGAAGCACCCAUGACUCCCGGAUUCUGCGCGAAAGCACCAUAGGCAGGGAGUUUGAACGUGGGGUCCACAGACUUCUCCUGGGGGACUGCCCAAGCAAACGCUGGCUCAUGACUCCGUUCCUCCAGCCACGAGACAGGCCGCAAGCGAACUACAACACUUCGCAUUCGACAACGCGGGCUGUCGUUGAACGGACGAUUGGCCAGCUGAAGCGGCGGUUUCACUGCCUUCACUCUGAACUGCGUGUUGCAACCCGGCACUGCUGCCCCAUCAUCACGGCGUGCUGCAUGUUGCAUAACAUCGCCAAGCAGUUCGGCAGCGAAGUGAGCUAG